AUGGGGCAACAUACAGAAGCAGUUCACACAUGGGAAGACGGUUUGAAAUUCCUAGAAUCGACUGUGGAACGAGUAAAUGAGCUCGAAGACCACAAAUUAAUUGAUUGGAUCAAUAUAUCCCUUCAAACAGCUCGACUUGCUUAUCGUCAAGGUACUGAUGGACCUGGAGUGGCGCACAAACAGAAUCAAGUGUGUUAUACGAUGCUGAAAAUGACUGAUACCGAACAAGACGAGUGGAAGACUGAACAAUUUCAAAGAGCAAUAAAACAUUUUAAUGGAGCUUUGGAAAAUAUUCCUGCGAGUCACACAGGAAUAAAACAAAGCAUUCAACUUCCAUUGGCUAGAGUUCUAUUCGCCUUGAAACAUUACGACGAAACUGUGAAAAUCUACGAAGAUGGUUUCAGUAAUGAUGGCGAUCCUCAAUGGCUUUACAAUGUUGCUGAAUGUUUGUGGCAACAUGACAAGAAAGAACUAGCUUAUACAAGACUUCUACAACUCAUGGGCACUGAACCCACCUUUGCAACUGCGUAUAAGAUGCUUGCAACUUAUUUUACCGAGAAAAAUGACAGAACAAGCGCUGCUGAAUCAACUUGCAAAUACAAGUUCUACUCCUGGGUUCCAAGUUUUUGUCAUAAUAUCGAAUACACUCUCGAAAAUAUUAGUAUAGUGGAACAGCUGAGUUCUGAUCAGGCUUUAGAAUGUACCAACGCGACGCUAGCAAACGACAAAUCAAAAAAAGCAACAGAAUUUUUGGCGGCUAUUUGUUACCAUCACUAUCAUGGACCAGUAGAAAACAAAGCAUUCAAAGAGCUCGAAAAGCGAGUUGCUCCAGUCGGUAUCUAUGCUCUCAACGUUCCAACAUUUGCUACGUGGAAUUCUACGGGCAUAACCGUUGCCGGCAAUGCCAACGGAACAUCAGGUUCUGAUCUUGAAUCUCUCAGCUCUCCGACUAGUAUCUUUAUCGACAACAAUAACACAUUGUACAUAGCCGAUCGAGAUAAUAAUCGUGCUGUGAAAUAUUUUCCUAGCACCACCAGUGGCAUACUCGUGGCAGGCAAUGGUACUCCUGGAAACACGCCUUUUCAACUCUACGCACCAAAAGGCGUAGCUGUUGAUCAAUACGGAGCUGUGAUUGUGGCCGACAGUAGUAACUAUCGUAUUCAGAGUUUUUCACCGGGUACAGUUUCAGGCACGACAAUCGCAAUCAACAGUUCAUCGAAUAUUUUGGGAGUAAUGCGAGAUUUGAAUAUUGAUGUCAACAAUAACAUCUACGUCACUGAUUCUAGCAGCAAUCGAGUAACUGAAUUCUUUCCGUUCAAUGGGAUUGGAGUGCCUCUAGUAGGUAGCAAUGGAACGGGUAAUGGUCCAACGCAACUAUCAAGUCCUUAUGGCAACUUUGUGGAUGCCAAUUCAUCUCUCUAUGUGGCAGAUUUAGGAAAUCAAAGAAUACAAAAGUUUCUAUUAGGAUCCAACAUUGGUAUGACUGUAGCUGGCGUCUCAAACACGCCUGGUUCUACAUUAUUACUUUUAAAUGGACCUAUAUCAGUCCCUGCCGAUAACAAUGAGUAUAUAUAUAUUGUCGAUAGCAACAAUGCUCGAAUUAUGCAGUGGACAACAAAUUAUACUGCAGGUGGUACUUGUUUGAUCGGUUGUGGUGGUACUAGGGGAUCAAGUCCUACUCAGUUGUAUUCUCCAAGAGAUGUGAAGUUUGAUCAAUAUGGAAACUUGUACGUGUGUGACCAAGGAAAUCAUCGUAUUCAGAAGUUUCUUAUUCAACCAAUAACAUCAACAUGUCCGCCACCUAGUAAGUGGAUAAGAGCCUUAACCAUUACAAAAUUAUCAUCUCAUCAUGAAUAUCAAUAUUCAAAAGAAACUAUUGAAUAA